AUGUCCUACACUGGCAUACAAAUAGCAGGCCAUAGAGCUUUUAGAGGGAAAUACCCUGAGAAUACAUUAUUAGCAUUCAAUGAAGCAUACAAUGCGAAAGCGGAUAUCAUUGAAACUGAUUUACAAAUGACAAGUGAUGGUAUCAUUGUUAUUAACCACGAUGCUGACACGGGGAGAAUGUGGAAUAAAAAUAUAAUCAUUUCUCAUUCAUUAAUGGAUGAUAUUUCCAAAUUAUAUUGUAAAACUGAUUCCAAUUUGAAAAUGUUAACAUUAGAAGACGCAUUAAAUUGGUUAGUUGCUCAUCCAAAUGUUAAAUUGAUGUUGGAUACAAAAUUUACAAAUAAUAAAAUUAUAUUGGUUAAAGCAUUUUCAGAAAUGCUUAGGAUCAAAAAUGACCUUAAAUAUUGGCAAAAAAGAAUCAUUUGGGGACUUUGGUUAGUAGAUUGGUAUGAAUACGGUGUGGAAACUGGGGUUCUCAAAGACUUCAAAUUUAUCGUCAUAUCCUUAUCAUUAGAUAUUGCAAAACAAUUCAUCGAUUAUUCAUUGAAAUUAAAUAAUCCUCAUUAUAAACUCUAUGGGAUAAGCAUACAUUUUGUCUCCUCUUGGACAGACCAAUUUAGAACUGAAUUGUUACCAAUAUUAAAAUUGAAUGAAUUUAAAAUAUAUUUAUGGACCGUCAAUAAAUCAAUAGACUUCAAAUAUUCUUGUGAACUACCCAUUGAAGGUGUAGUAACUGAUGAUCCAAUUGAAGCAAGGAAAUUAUGUUCAAUUUAUAAUAAUGAAACUAGAAUGGCAAAAGAAAGAAGUCUUUUCACUACUCCAGAAUUGAAUUCAAAGGAUGGUAUAAGAUUUCAUUCGUACAUCAAAGUUUAUAACUUUGUUUGCUCCAUAUUAUUCGCCAAAUGGGUUCAUUUCAAUAUUGGUGGCUGGUCAAUUGCUUAUAUUUUAUUCUUAUUCCUAAGGUCAAUUAAGUUUUUAUGA